UUUUAAAGAUAAAAAUAUUAUACAUGAUGUAACUCAAUUUUUAUUUUUAAAGGGCACAUGGUAUAUUAUAUACUGUAGGCUUUGAUAAAAUACCAGAAGGGAUAAAUACCAGAUGUUGACGGUUGUUAUCUCUUGGAGUGGGGAUUGUAGGUGAUUAUAGUUUUUGGCUUAUCUGCUGUUUAAAAUAACUUCUAAAAAGAAAGUCCAUGUUUUUGUUUGUAAUACUGAAAAAUAGAAGCUAUUGCUUUAUAAAUUGCUUUAGAGCAAUUGAAAGAUGAGUGAAUAUGGACCCUUGCUGUGAGAAUUUCCUGAAAUCUGACUCAGGUGACAUUUAAAAAACUGUUUCCUUUGGAAUUACCUCAUCUGUAGGCAUAGACAGGAGUAUAUUCAACAGAAUAUUAACUGUGAUUAUGUUUAUGGAAGAUGGAAAAAUCUAGACAUUUCCAUCUGAGUUCAAUCAGAGAAGCGUACCAGUAGAAGUGAUAGAGAAUGGGACGGAUCACAGGGAUUUGGCCUGACACAGUUGUAGAAGCUACUUAAAUAGCAUAUACACAGAGGUUACCUCUGCAUCUGGAGCUGGGCCUGAUGUCAGUAGGGAAGACAGUCGGGAAAGAAAGGGCAUGAAACGAGAGCGAGCACAGACAAGCCGGAACCUGCAAGGAUGAGCUAAAACCUACACCAGUUUCACACCGAUUUCACUGCUCUGACUUCACUGAUAACUUGAAGAAGAUACUUGUGCCUGUUGUCACAAAGCUGAUGUGCAUCUGUCAGGAGGUAGAAAGCCCAGAAGCCCAAGGAGAAAUCCAGCUGGAACUGGAAGAGCUGGGGCUCUGGCUGCUGUCUCACAGCAGGACAGGAAGUGGAUCUGCGACGCCAGUCAUGGUCUGCAGCCGCACCCAGCUCGCUACAAACCAGCGGCUGGCAUAUUGGGCAACCCUUUCUAGGCAACCUAAGGAUAAUCAGGACAUGUACAAAAGGUUUUUAUUUCACUACUCCAGAACUCAGGAGCUGACACAUCCAGUUAAAAGUGGGUUCCCCCCGGUGCACCCUUUAACGCGCCUGGCCACGCAGCUCCCUGACGGAAGGAUGAAAAAAUUUCCGCAGCAGCGCGAUUCAGGGACUGAUGCAGUAGAUUUCUUCAAAAAGGAUCACACUGCCACCUUGGGACGACCAUUUUUCCUUUUCAGGCCAAGGAAUGGAAGAAACACUGAAGCUAACCCCCAGUAGGAUAGUCCAAGAAUUCAGUGGCAAAGAGAAACUGGAUCAGAUAAGGAAAUUGAGCAAUUAUUUUGAACAAAUGUCAAAUUUCUUUCUGUGAGCAAUACUUAAAAAAAAUUCUCUUGCUCUACAUUCGCCAUAAUAUUCAGUUGUAUAAAAAAUAAAGUAGCAUGGACACAA